UCGGAUGACUGUUUGGAAGUUCCUCGAUUUUUCGUGCUCACGUUUUUGCGUCAACUCUGCUGCAACCAUCCGUUUCGGUUGUAGCCUUUGGUGACGAUGGAAUUUAUGAGUUAGUUCGGGGGAGCCUAGCUCAGGUGGACAUGAGGCUUGUGGUCUGGGGAUAUUGCGUGGAGGAGUAUAAAUUGAACGCCAGCGAGGAGGUUUGGACAGUGGUUUCCGGUAAAAAGUCCCGUCGUUGCAGUGUAGAAACAAAAACAAUUCGUUCAGACGACUAACACAGUAGUUUAUUUCUGCAGUUAACAGUCACUCUCCGUCGAUCGUAGGACAAGAAUCAGUCUGCGUGUCUCCUUGCCGGAAUCCAGAAUCAGAGUGCCCCCUUUUGAGUGUCCUCCCCACUACAUCCCUCCCCCACUUACCCAGAUCUACCCCACAUCAUCAACCAAACCCUUCAGUUCAACUACAGCUUUCUUCCGGUCACAGUCCACUCUACUUAAACAGUAUUCGGCUACUCCAUGGGAAACAUCUUCGCCUGCAUCCUGCUGCAAUGCCUUCUGGGAUAUUCUUCGGGCGCCCGGAUUCUGGGAAUUUUUCCUCACGUCGCUAAAAGCCACUUCAUGAUGUCCGAGGUUCUGAUGAAAGGUUUAGCAGCCAGAGGUCAUGAAGUAACUGUGAUAAGUCAUUUCCCUCAGAAAACUCAGGUAGCAAAUUUCACAGACAUCAGCCUCAUUGGGUCCAUGCCGAGUUUCGUCAGCACUGUGCCUCUGGAUGACAUAGCAACAGGAUGGGUUUACACCACAGUGAAAAUCGUGUCAGAACUUGGUGUCACCGGAUGUGAGAAGACAUUAUCUCAUCCUCCAGUUCAAAAACUUAUGAAUUCUAAAGAAAAGUUUGAUCUGGUUAUCACAGAACUCUUCAAUACGGAUUGCUACGUCGGAUUUGCAUACAAAUUUAAAGUUCCAUUUAUAUCCAUCGUUACAACGCCAUUGCUACCCUGGGGAUAUGAAAGAUUUGCAAAUCCUGAUAACCCUGCGUACAUUGGAAACAUUUUCCUAGGACAUUCUGAUAGAAUGUCUUUCUUAGAGAGGCUGGUAAACACGGUAUAUAUGAAGAUAUUACAAUGGGAAUAUCAUUACUGGUUUGACAUGCCUUCCCAGAUGAUAGCAAGGAAAUACUUUGGAGAGACAUUGCCUCCUCUGGCGGAUAUUGUACGAAACACGAGUUUAGUUCUGGUUAACAGGCACUUCACAUUGAACCAACCUGUUCCAAACGUACCCGCUGUCAUUGAGGUUGGCGGACUUCACGUGGAGGUGCCGAAGAAACUCCCUGAGGAUAUCGACAAGUAUCUGAACGAAUCUGAGCAUGGAGCCAUUUUCUUCAGUCUCGGUUCUACUGUCCGCGCGGAUACUUUCAGCCAGCAGAAAAUUGAUGCAUUUCUGCAGGCGUUUUCGGUUCUGCCACAGCGAGUCCUCUGGAAGUGGGAGGGAGAGGCACUGCCAGAACACCCCAAGAACAUAAAGAUCGCAAAAUGGCUGCCACAAGCAGAUGUUCUUGGCCAUCCCAACGUCAAAGUGUUUAUCACCCACGGCGGGCUCAUGGGCACUAUGGAAGCGGUGUUUAAUGGGGUUCCGAUGGUCGCGAUCCCGCUAUUCGGUGACCAGUUUCAUAACGUGAGAAACUAUGAGGAGGAAGGUGUCGCCAUCAAGUUGGAUUAUUCGACUAUUACGAAGGAGAAGGUGUUGAGAGCCCUAAAGGAAGUUCUCAACAACCCCAGUUACAAACAGAACGCCGUGACUCUUUCAAGAGCAUUUCGUGAUCGUCCUAUGUCUCCUCUGAACACCGCCAUAUUCUGGACCGAGUACGUCAUCAGACAUGGAGGGGCGUCGCAUAUGCGAUCUGCAGCACUUUACUUAACCUGGUAUCAAUAUUUGUUACUGGAUGUCAUUUCAGUUUUAUUCCUGUUUGCAGCUGGGAGUCUAAUUACAGCAUACGUUAUAAUUAAGAGAUUACUGCAGCUUCUGAAGUUAAAAUCGUCUGACAAAGCAGAAAGUAAGAAAUUAAAUUGAGCUUUUAACUGACUUGUCAGUAAUUAUAUUUAUUCUCAUCUGGUAAUAAAGGAUAAACAUGGGAGCAAAACAAAAACUAAUUUUUGAAGAAAACUUAGAAAUGGAGCUUGUGUUAAUUGUAUGAUUUGACUUAACUUGGGUUUGUUUGUCACAUACAUUUAUUUUUAAAGAGUUUUGCAAGGCGAUGAAAGGUGCUGGAUGCUUAUAAUAUGAUGGAUAUGCGUUAUCAACUUCACGUGUGUGUACAUUCUAUACAAACAUAAAAAGAACCACAAGAAUUAUAAGAAAUGUUAUGCUUACAAGGAGUAUCAUCACAACAUAAAUUUUGAACAUGGCUGUCUUCUGGGUUCUUCUGCCGUGUAGUCUGGUAGAAGUUUACUGACGUUUCGGAGUUCCUUGCUGCUCCCAUCAUUGGGGCGAUGACGGAGGGAGCAAGGACCUCUGAAACGUCGGUAAACUUCUACCAGACUACAUGGUGCAACAACCCAGAAGACAGCCAUCUUCAGACUCACCGCCGUGAAAACCUCAAAUCAUACAACAUAUAUUUUAUGCAGAUGAAAUAUUAUUAAAAGUGUGCUAUUACUGUUUGAACACUAUUUUCUUGGCUGAGUACAAGAUAAACUAAACAAUUUAUGUAGCAAAUUAUAAUACAAAGUAAUACAAAGUCCGCAUAUAUUUAUAAACAGUGCAUGUUUUACGUCUCUCGAAUGUAGGCCUUAAGCUUUUGUCUAUCACGAAAGCUGUGAAGAUUCACAAGAUUCAAACACGAAAAACUACAUACCAAAUUUCACAACUUGUUUUGUUACCAUUAAAAUCCACAGGGGAAAUAGAUUAAUUUUUUGUACAUUUGUAUAUUAAAAUUGUCGAUGCUACUGUUCUGGGCUGCGACGCCAUAUGGACUUGGCAGGUAGAUUCCAAUUUCUUCAGGCUUGGAGAGAGUGUUGGCGUUCACCUAAAGGUUUACAUCGUGUCAUAACCCAGAAGAACAGUAUCGACAUCUUCACCGACGUGAAGACCUCAGAUCACAUAUAAUAUAAUAUUCUUACAUGUAUUAAGUAGAAUGAGUUGAGAUGAACGAUUCUUAUUAACAUGUGUUCUGCUAGGUGACUGAACUCUGUCUCGAAAAUACAAGUUUAAUAUAUCCCACUAAAGUAAUAUUUAUGGUGUAUACUAUAAUAUAAUAACAAUAAUUAAAUAUUUCAUUAGAGCAGGGGUUCUUAAGUCUUUCGAAACGUAGGGCCACAUUUGCCCUUAUUUAUCGAAUCGUGGGUUGCAUGAUUAUAAAUGGGGAUAAUUUAUCGAAACUUCAAAGCAAUUUAUCAUAAAUGCUAUUAAAUUAUUCCAUGCCUACGAUCGCAAACAUUUUUAUGUGUUACUCGACCAUUUUCAUUAAAAAUAUAAGUCAGUGAGAUACUGAAAUUCCUUAUGCUUCAGUAAUAUUUCAGUAUCAGAUUUAAUUUCUGUUGUUACGGAUCCUUCAAAACAUGCACACGGCCACAUGUUUGGCGGAUCACGGGUUGAGAACCCCUGGACCAGAAAACAAAAUGGCGUCGGGAUGUAUUCAUCAUUCUAUAAUUUUUUAAAGUGUUUAAAAGUAUUGCAGCUUUUAACAAAAUCCGCCCUCUCUGCUAAAAUAAUGACUACAAAAUUUCAAUUAAACUUAUGUGUCAAAACUGAUAAUUGCUAAGGAAUCUUUCUACUGAAUAACUUUGUAGUGUGAUAUUUUGAGUGUCAAUUCGGCAAGCGUAGUCUUCUAAUAUUAUAAAUGUGUAUAGAUCUUUGUUUUUACUUUGAUAUAUACUGAAAAAUAACGACAGAAUUAUUUGUUGAAGUAGUAGAUAUUAAUAAAGAUUGUUCAUAUACAA